AUGGAUCUAACUAACUCACUGGGACAGGAUCUGAAUAGCAAGUAUCAGAGGUUGGCCAUUCUCAAUUCUAGAAAUUGCACCAGAGGAGAUAAUUUUCCACCAGGAGAAGACUUGUCAAUGAAUUUCUACUCUAUAAGCUACUUUCACUCAUCCAUGAGUAGUGACACAGUGCUCGAUUUCGCACUCAACCAAUGGGAGCUAGAGCCAUAUGUAUAUGGAAUCGGAGACGACGUCAAGUACUCUAAUGUAAAGCUGCAAGAUUUUGCAAACAUAGUUCACUAUAAAACAACUGAGUAUGGAUGUCAUUAUCAAUUAUGCAACAUGCCAAAAAUGCCAACAAUGAACGUGUUGGCUUGCAUCUUCAACAAUCCGUAA